AUGCAUAUGUUGCCCCUGUGCCCACUUAUGCUGCCCCUAAGCCAGCAUACACCUCCCACAACCAUGCUCACCUCGCGCCCACAUCGGUGUGACCUCAUCGACGCCCGUUCUCGCCACACCGACAUCCUCUCCAACGCCACCCACGACCUCGCCUCCACCUCUGUCUCCGAUGACGAUCUCGUCACCAUAUCUCCUGUCGAGGACGACGUAACUACGACUCUCCCUCUUGAGGAUGACUACACCUACACCGACGAUGCCCUCGACCUUAACGCCACCCGCGUCAGGAGGGAUCUGCUCACGCCUUCUCACCAUCACCACGCCAACGUCACCGACGUCCCUCAGGAGCGUCACAGCUUCGACUACUUCCCAAGUGGCAGCAGCUGCGGGAUCGACCAAGUGUGCUGUCGCAACCCCAUCGCGCCUCAGUCCCGCCAUGUAGCCACAUGCGGACGCAGCCAAGCGCAAGGCGUCCUCGGCCGCGUCAAGAACCCUUCGUUCGUGGAGGGCGACACAGAGUUCGGGGAACACCCGUGGCAGGCGGCCAUCCUCAGGCAGGACAACGGCGAGGUCAAGUACGUAUGCGGCGCCACACUCAUCGACGACCGCCACCUGCUAACCGCCGCCCACUGUGUCAGUAAACUACAGCUGACGGAGCUGAAAGUUCGUCUAGGCGAGUGGGACGUCCGCGCAGACACCGAGUUCUUCAGCCACAUCGAGCUCAGGCCCGCCACACUCCUCGUCCACCCGCAGUAUUACGCCGGAAACCUGGUCAACGACAUCGCCAUCCUCACCCUCGAGCACAACAUCGACUUCUCGGCCAAUCCCCACAUCUCGCCCGUGUGUCUCCCGGACGCCCACAGCACAUUCGUGGGACAAAGAUGUCAGUCCACCGGUUGGGGUAAGGACGCCUUUGGAGGCGACGGCAAGUUCCAGAGCAUCCUGAAAGAGGUGGAGCUUCCAGUCCUGUCUCACCUCCAGUGCCAGACGGCCCUCAAACACACGCGUUUGGGUGCCACCUUUAGUCUCCACCAAGGAAAUCUUUGCGCAGGAGGCGAGGCAGGUCGCGACACCUGCAAGGGCGACGGCGGAGGACCCCUGGUGUGUCGCGGCGACGACGGCGCCUUCCGCUUGGCCGGUCUGGUGUCAUGGGGCGUCGGGUGCGGGCAAGUGGCCGUCCCGGGCGUGUACGUGAACGUGGCUCAUUACCUGGACUGGAUCGAGUCCGUUGUCCCGUCCUUGUAG